AUGUUGCAGGCGUUACAAAAAGACAAAAAUGUCCUCCCCUCAACCCGCCGCCUCCUGAAAGAAAGCAGCGACCUCCACAAAAACCCAAGCCCAUACUUCACAGCCGCCCCGAUAAGCGACACAAACCUCCACGACUGGCACUUCACCCUAGCUGGUCCACCUUCGCCAUCCCCCUACGCCCAAGGCCUCUACCACGGCCGCAUCACCUUCCCAGCCACAUACCCACUCCGACCGCCCUCCUUCCGCUUCCUCACGCCCUCCGGCCGCUUCGAAGUCAACCGCGAAAUCUGCCUCAGCAUCUCCGGCCACCACGAGGAGACAUGGCAGCCGGCUUGGGGGGUGCCGCACUGCGCUGUUGGGGAUCCGCGCGGGAUCGAGGUUGAGGGUGGGAUUGCUGCUCUGGAUGGGAGUGCUGGUGUUGAUGCUGGUGUCGACGGCCAGCGGGAGACGGUCGAGGCCGAGGCUGAGGCUGCUGCCCCGGCUUCUGGGGGGAAUGCUGUUCCUGUUGGAAGUGAGCAUCAGGCUCGAGGGGGUGAUGCUGUAGAGAGUACUCCGGCUCUGGAAUCUGCUUCGGCUCCUUCUGCGUCUGCAUCGGUGCCCGUGGCACAACCACAACCACAGGCACCGCUAUCUACUGUACAAACUCCGGCUACAGCUGUUAUGCCUACGCGGACAAGGUCUUCUCAUCUGGCUUCGACGGAGUCUCCAUCUGAAGGUGUCUGGCUAGACCGGGCUAUCAUUGUUGUGAUCAUUGCUCUUGUCUUGUUGAUAUUGCGCCGAGUGGCGAACGUCGACGAUCUGUAA